CUCCAAUUCUUGCAUCGUGUUUGUGCCUUUUACCUUUGUCCUGGGGAUUUUUAAACGUGUGUGUCAGUUGCUGUUGCGGUGGAUGUUAAGGAGUGUAAAGUUUCUUCCGAGGUCCCUCUGAAGCUGCAUUUCAUUCUGUCUCUUGCAGAAACGCAAGGAGGACUCUCCCGUGUUGUACUCCAGCCCCAGACCCUGUGGGAUUGUCCAGCCUCACAGCAUAGCAGAGAUCCCAGUGCUGGUGGAAGUGCAGGCGUUGGGCACGCAUCGCACCAAUGUUCUCAUCGGCGUCUUCGGGGAUGAGAGAAACCCCCUGAGACCAGAAUUACGGAGCUCUGGACAGCUGGCAGAAACCUCCCCAAGCCCAAGGCUGGCAGAGUUUGGCAGGACCCCAGCACUACAGCCUAUGUAUGCUUUCAGUGUCCUGCCACUGUCAGCUGUGCUGCAGCCAGGAGAGAGCCAGCAGGUCUCCUCCACCGUCUCUGGCCACCUCAACACCAUCUCCAGUGUCCCGGCGCUGUGCCACGUGGAGGGAGGCCCCACCUGCGAGGUGGGGGUGACCGGGGGGGCCUCACGUGUCAGCUCCUCCCUGAGCCCCCGGGGGAUCAACUGUGGCUCUCGGGCACCUCUCAGGGAGAGAAGGGAGCUGAAGCGGCCGGCUCCAAAGCUUGGGGAGGAGGGAAAAGCCUUAGAGGAGGAAGAGAGGCGGAAGAAGGAAAAGAAGGGUGUCCCUGUGGGGAAGCAACCUCCAAAACCAGAGAAGGGGAAAACCAAACCCCCAGGGAAGAAGGAAACCAAGGCCCCAGAGAAGGAAACCAAACCCGCAGAGAAGAAGGAAACCAAGGCCUCAGAGAAGAAGGAAACCCAAAUCCCUAAAAAGGAAGCCAAGGCCCCAGGGAAGAAGGAAGCCAAGGCCCCAGAGAAGAAGGAAGCCAAGGCCCCAGAGAAGGACACCAAACCCCCAGAGAAGAAGGAAAGCAAAGUCCUAAAGAACAAAACUAAAUUCCCAGAGAAUAAAAACAACCUCCAGAAAAGAAGGAAAGCAAAUCCCAGAGAGGAAGGCAGCCAAAAUCCAAGAGAAGGAACCCAAAGCGCCAGAAAGAAGGAACCCAAAGCCCCAAAGAAGGGGAACACAAAGCCCCAAAGAAGGGGGAACUGAAAGCCAAUUAUUCUGUUUGUUAUUAAAAUAUA